CAAUGUUAGAGGAAAACCACUUGAAAGGGGGAAUUCCCCUGAAUAGUUCCACAAAUAAUUUGUUAAAAAACAAAUCAAGCAGCAAUCAGUAUGCAAAGCAACGACCCCGCCCGGUCACAGUUGAGAAAGUCCGUAUGAUAAUGGAGGAAGAAGGAAGGUCGGCACGGAACCUCGUCUCGUGGAAUAUACCCGUAGAUCAUGUGUACAAAGGUAAGAAACAUAAGAAGCGUGAAACAACGAACCGUGAUAAACGUAGCCAAUCUCACGUGGAAGAAAAUAAUCUGAAACAUCAUAAUAACUCAUCAGGAGACCACACCCCGGCCCCACCCCGCCGUUCCACCUCUGGCAGUCGCCGCCCCGUUAGCAUACGUGCGAGGUAUUGGGCGUAUUUGUUUGAGAACCUCCGCCGAGCUGUGGAUGAGAUUUACGCAACUUGUGAAGUUGAUGCGAGCAUCGUGGAGUGUAAGGAAGUCCUCCUCAUCAUCGAUAAUUACCGUCAUGAGUUCCAAGCCUUGAUUGAGUGGAUUAAUUUGCAGGAACGACUCGAAAACGCAGGAGACCACGACAGACCGACCUCGUUAGCUUGGGAAGUUCGUAAAUCUUCACCUGGACGGCCUCGACACAAAACGAGGGGUUCGUCGGCCCCACGUACCACCCCACGUGCCACCCCGGGGGUCCCAAUUAACAGGUGUUUGACAUAUGCUGCUUGCAAUCCACCCGAGCGACAUUGUGUAAAAAAUGCUGAGUCAGCAAACAAUGAGUCAGCAACUUGGGCGCAGCGUGUCAAAGGGGUGACUCAGCAGAAACGACCAGUUAAUAAUAAACCAACUGUUAAUGGUGACGGGGAUGAAUCCGGUUGGGAGACCGUUUCCUCUCGACGACCCCGUCACCCCAAGUAUAACCUUUCACCCAACGAGGAAGGAAAACCCCCAACCCGAGAACCAUCAAGUUACGUUAACAUGGUUGUGGAUCGUAUGAUGGGGGUCGGGGGGAGAGGGGGGUAUAACGGGGGCAACACUGUAAGCUCUGGGAAUCUAGCUGGAAACACUGUGAAUAUAGGAAACACUGGGAAAUCUGAAGAUGCUGGCAACACUGAAAAUAACAUUACCGCUGGGAAGAAAACUGCUGAGAACAAUAUUGGCAACACUGGAAAUGGUGUUGAAAGCGAUGCUGUUGUGUUCUCGGACAACUGGUACGAGGGUAAAGACGUGAAGGAAGGUUUAGAGAUCGGGAAGAUAUUGUUUCAGGGUGAUGAUGGGGAGGACACAAAAGAAACAAGUCUCGUGGAAAACAAAGAUUUGAAAACAGAUGAAAAUUUACAAAAUGGUGUUGAUGGAUUACUUGGCAACUCAUCAUUGGAGCAACUACAUAAGGAAGAAGAAACGCUCGCUCGUACGUUAUGCGAAGAACAUUCGGUGUCGAUCGCUGAAGCUGAGGAGACGGAACGCGACCUCAUGCGACAACUACGGGAGGUUGAGGAGGUCGACACUGAUUGUGAAAGCGCUCGUAGCAGCAGCGGGGCGAAGGAAUUGAAGUCGUUCGAUAAAAAUAUGAAGAAGAAUUUGGAUUGGUCGGAGUUCAUGGCGAAGUUUGAAGCUGAGGAGAUUGGCGCAGAUUGGUGCGAUUUGGUUGAAGAGGAAGAACUGAGGGAACCGGGGAGGGCUGUACAGAUGCAUGAGAAGCUGUCUUCACCUUCAAGGAGGAGGUUGGUCAGGACCCCCGCUGAAUCAAAAAGAAGAUUGGAGGAGAAACACCGACGAGCGGAAGAGCGUCGAUUGCAGAUGCAUCACGAGAAGUCACAGAAGAUCCACGAGUUAAGCGGGAAAGUACAAGAAGUUGUUUCGUGGAAGAAUGACUUGAUAAGGAGGCAGAGGGUGUUGUUGCAGUCGUCACAUAUUGAAAAGCUCCAACGUGCAGAGGAACAACGAGCGAUGCAAUUAUUGAGCAAAGUACGUAAAGCACAAGCAGAGGACACCAAGGUUAACGAGAUCGCUUUCAUUAAUGAACUUCAGGAGCAAAACAAGCGACACGAGGUACUGAUGCGAAUUGGUGAACACGAGGAGAGGUUGCAGGAGUUAGAAGACGAGCGGAACAAGAUGAACCAAGUUAAGUCGGCUAAGGAGGAAAACGUUAAGGAGCGACGACGUGCGUUGGAGAAAGUCCGUCAGGAUCGAAUGGAAGAAUUAAAAGUUCGGAGGAAGGAACAGGACGCGAGGAUUGAACAACAAAGAAUCGAUAAAGAGAAAGAAAGGGAGAAGAUGGCUAAGGAAAAAGCUAGGGAACGACAACAACGGUUGUCGGCGUUAAACGCAGCUCAACAAGAAGCUGUGAGUGAAUUACAAAAGAAAAUUCAACUCAAGCACGACGAGAGCGAGCGUCGCCACCAGGAACAACUCGAACAACGCAAAGGAAAAGCCCAAGAAUUAAGUCUUGGAAAGUUUUCGUCCGUUGUCGCUACAUCACCCCAUGUGACCAGCUGUGAUAAAGUUGAUCAAUCGAUUGAAACAACAAUUGAAACGACACUCGAUCUAGAAAACCUCGUCGAGGAACCAACGAUGACAUCACCACGGCAACAGCAGGAUGAACAAUUAAACGUUUCAAAGGAAGAACUGCUGAAGAUUGAAGAAAGAAGAAAAACAAUGAAAAAAAGAUCAAAGAAAAUUCGGACAAGAAUGGCCACUAGAGCGAAGGAAUAUUUGAAACGAAUUGAAAACAAGAAAGAAGAAACGAACAACAAAAGCAGGAUUGGUCGAUUGCUAAAAGAAGUGAAUCGACUAUUAACCAAUCAGCAAGCUAGUAGUGGUCCGUGGCCGACCAAUAAGAUCGCUGCGUUUGAUCGAGCCAUCGGAGAUAUAAAUAGAACGCUGGAAAAACAGAAUCCUCUCGACCAAUCAGCGUUCAGAACGAACCGCGGUUUCGAAACAAUUAACGAAAUCUUCGACAAUCUUCUCAAACAACAAUCGACUACUUCCGGUGGCUGUGACGUCACAACCAUCCUACCAGACAAGUCUAUAAGCGCUGCAGCUCUCUGCUUCCACCAUGCGUGCCACGGUUGUCAUGACAACGCCAUCCACGUGCUUUAUUCCAACAAGAUGACGUCAUUGGUGGAUCUUCUACUCGUACAUCUAACGAGAUGCGACCCUGGCGUUCCACGAACAAACAUCGAGUCAAUAUUCGGGUGUGUGCCUCCCUCGUUGUUGCGUGGGUUAUCUACGGUGGUUGGUGGGUUGGCUGGUGAUGGGGGGUUGAGGGGGUUGGGGGAGAAAGAUAGAUCGUUCGUUCGAUCGAUACUGAUGACGUCAUCAAACGAUGACGUAAGAAAGGCAGAGGAAAGUUACUUGAACCGUGGUUUGGACGUUGUAAGUUACAUCGUGUCCAUCGGCUUACUCGACACUUUAAGCAAAUAUCUCAGUGUUAUUCGUCACGAGGUGGCGCCAGCGUCCAACAUGGCCGCCUUUAUAGAGCACUCGUUGGCUUUUCUAGAAUCUGUUACUUCGUUCGUCACAAUGCGAAACAGGUUUUCUCCUGAUACGCAACUUCCGGUCGCGAAAUCGCGUAAAAAGAAAUCGAGCGACCGCGAUUCAUCUACGUCACAAUGGGACAAUGAUCCAACACAAUUGUUACCAACACUGGAACAUACAGAAUUAAUGGGAAUUAUAUCGGUUUUAUACGGUUUAUUAUUACACGGAGCCCCAGAACGGCCCACAGUGUUAAGAUCCACCAAGGAUUCCAACGAAUCUCACAGAAUUGCUCCUCGCGCUCUUAUUGUUGCAUCAGCUGUUAUUAAAGUUUUGAACGCUGUUGCUUUGAUGGAUCUUCCAUUGUUGCAGUCAAGUCUUGGGGCCGACGGUGUGUCAUUGGAGUAUCGUCACAUAUGCACUUACUUGUUGUGGUAUUGUGAGGAAUAUAAACACACGCAGUUACUUCAUGAUACGAUUGUAUGUGUUGGAUUCUUUACUAUAUUGAACACCAGGAACCAGGGCAUCGUAGACACAGGAGCCCAACCCACCAUCCUCCAGCAGCUGUGCUUGCUACCGUUCAACUACUUCAGCAACAAGUCAUUGAUGAACAUAUUGUUCCCAACCCUUAUAUCGUGUUGUCAUCAUAAUGAGGGAAACUUCAAUACCUUGGAGAAGGAAGCGAGCGGCUCGCUCUUGGCCGGAUAUAUAGAGAAUUUUCUUGAAGAAAAAAAUUUAACGGAAGAAUCAUCGAAGCGGAACGAAGAAAACUCCAAUCCGAUAUUUUCGUCUCCUCUCUUCAACCUACAAUUUCUACAAACAUCGAAAUCCUAUUUCGCUCGUGACGUCACCGAGGAUAAUGACGUCACCGAGAAUAAUGAUGUCAUCAUGGACAAUGAUGUCACCAUGACCUGAGCUAAGUCGAGGAUUGCGUCACAACUACGUCAUCACUGUUGUUUUGGUUUUUGCGCACGACACUUUUUCUGUUCCUUGCAGUUAUAUAUUAUUUUUAUGUUAUUUAUUUAUUGUUUCUAUGGCUUGGUGGUAGUCUCGUGUUGGGGAAACUCCCCGUAUUAGUUGAAUACACGCUUGUUUGGAAAAUCAAA